UCUACCUCGAUCUUAACCUCUUCUCUUCAUCGCUCUUCUCUUCUUCGCUCUUCUCUUCGUCGCUCUUCUCUCCGCCGCCCUCCAUCGUCACUACUUUUGGAUUUUUACUACUACGCUUCUAGUUGAACAACACCUUUGCUUUCUCUGAUCGCCGUUUCAGUAUGGAUCACAGGUGCUAGGAGCGUUGCGAAAAUCGUUUCCCAUGAUACGAUGAAUACAAACAAUCAAUGAGCCUACAUAGAUUGUUCCGGCGUACGAAAACAAGGUUUGAACACUCAGGAUUUUUUGCAAAGAAAACUGGAGGUGUUUUUAGCUCUAAAACGACGUGAGGAAUGUGUAUGAACGUGUAAGUUCAUCUGAUGUUGCAAAGCACAUGCCAGCUUACUUAUAAGGAAGGAUUUGUUAUGUGUUAAGUGUGCCUUAAUGGACCUGAACGUUGGACAUCAAUCACCAGAUCGUUGGCCAUUAAUUCGUCCAAUAACUGCCCAUUUAAGGUGCAUUAAAGGAGAAGAACGUUGAACAAUAACUGCAGUAACAUUUCAGAAGAGUUCUGUCCAAGCCCUUUGAUUCAGAUUAGAAGCGUUCUGAUCUGAAGCCUUCUGAUGUGGAACAGAAGGGUACAAGUAGAAAAAAGGAAAUGGAGAAAAAAAAGCAACAACGGACAAGAGAAAAUGCUCAAACUCAAGUACACUUCAGCCCAACCCGAAAAUCCCUUACUCUCUACGUCUGCAUUGAAUACUCAUAGCGCUCAUCCCGAAUAUGAGGUUACGUUCUCAUACACGGUGCCCGUUUUUCGUUCUCUUAAGUGUGACCAAGAUAUGUAUCCCCCAAAUAUGAAUCAUCAAAUGCUCCAAAGAGCCCCUCGCCGCUUAUCAGGCUUAUCAGCCAUUUCAUCAAACACAUAAUUUUUUAUUUCC